AAUACUUACCAUAAACUAUAAUGUCAUGCUCUUCAUGAUCAAAGAAACUGCGCGCGCUUGCCUCGCGGGCCACGUGGGGGUAAAACUUGGAUUGGUUCCGCCUGAACGGUUAUUAGCGCGUGCGGCGGGACCCUCAGAGGAGCGACCGAGGAGGACUCCCGGUGCGACGGUACGUGGUGCUGCUGUUUCUUUGCUUCCUCGCGCUGAGCGCGGAAGGUAUAUAAAGCUGCUCGGCGGGUCUCCGGUCCACUGACGGUGAGAGGAGGCAGACAGCUGCAACAUGCCUGUGACCGGAGCAGGAGUCCAUCAGACUGGAGGCACCUCAUCAGCAUCUCCAACAGAGGGAAAGCACGGCAACAUGAACUCCCAGCCCGACAACGGCCACCAGCAGCAGUCUGAUAACGGGUGCAACCAUCAGAGCCGCAAACCACAGCAUGUAGACGGACUUGAGACGCUGGCCAUGCCCAUGCCAAUUCCAGACCUCACCAUUCAGUACACUAAGCUGUUCAUCAAUAACGAGUGGCAUGAGUCCUGCAGCGGGAGAAAGAUUUCUGUGUAUGAUCCCGCCACGGGGAGGCUGCUGUGUGAAGUGGAGGAGGCUGAACCUGAAGAUGUGGACAAAGCAGUCAGGAGUGCCAGAGCUGCCUUUCAGAUGGGGUCACCAUGGCGAUCAAUGGACGCCUCAGACCGAGGUCAACUACUUAACAGACUUGCUGACUUAGUGGAGAGAGACAGACUACUGCUGGCUACACUAGAGGCUCUGGACUCUGGCAAAGUGUUUCUCAUGGCAUAUUAUGUAGACCUGAUGGCCACAAUCAAAACCCUGAGAUACUAUGGUGGCUGGGCAGACAAAAUUCAUGGCAAAACCAUCCCUAUAGAUGGAGAGUAUUUUACUUACACUCGACAUGAGCCCAUUGGUGUAUGUGGCCAGAUCAUUCCUUGGAACUUCCCAGUGAUGAUGUUUGCAUGGAAGAUUGCUCCUGCUCUGUGUUGUGGGAACACUGUAGUCAUCAAACCUGCUGAACAGACCCCAUUAUCAGCCCUGCACAUGGCUGCGCUCAUCAAAGAGGCUGGGUUUCCUCCAGGAGUGGUGAAUGUGGUGCCAGGUUACGGUCAGACAGCAGGCUGCGCCAUUUCCCACCACAUGGACAUCGAUAAAGUAGCCUUCACUGGAUCUACUGCUGUUGGGAAACUAAUCCAGAAGGCUGCAGGUGAAAGCAACCUGAAAAGAGUUACGCUAGAACUCGGUGGAAAAAACCCAAACAUUGUCUUUGCUGACUGUGACUUAGAGUACGCAGUGGAGCAGGCCCACAGUGGUCUGUUCUUUAACCAGGGCCAAUGCUGUCUGGCUGGAUCCAGGGUGUUUGUGGAGGAACCGAUCUACGAGGAGUUUGUCCAUCGCAGUGUAGAAAAGGCCAAAUCCAAAGUCCUGGGAAACCCAUUGCUGCCGGGGGUUGACCAAGGACCACAGAUUGACCAGAAGCAGUUUGAUAAGAUAAUGGAGCUGAUAGAGAGCGGGAAGAGGGACGGAGCCACGCUAGAGUGUGGGGGGUCUGCAUGGGGUCAGCAGGGACUUUUCAUCCAACCCACUGUCUUCUCAAAUGUCACAGAUGACAUGCGCAUCGCCAAAGAAGAGAUUUUUGGUCCAGUGCAGCAGAUCAUGUGUUUCCGUAGCAUCCAUGAAGUCAUCGAAAGAGCCAACGCCACACACUACGGCCUGGCAGCAGGAGUGUUUACUAAUGACAUCGACAAAGCCCUGACAGUCUCUUCUGCUCUGCAGGCUGGCAUGGUCUGGGUGAACUGCUACAAUGCCAUGAGUGCUCAGUGUCCCUUUGGUGGAUUCAAGAUGUCUGGGAAUGGGAGGGAACUGGGGGAAUACGCUCUUCAGGAGUACACCGAGGUCAAGGCAGUCACCAUUAAAAUCUCACAGAAGAACUCAUAAUACCAUCAUGCCACUGGACUGACUUUCUUGUCUUUUUAAUUCUCUGCUGCCCCACGGCUUCAGGUCUUCCUCGCACAUUUUGCAAUACUCAGAUGGCACCCGGAUAUUUUGAAGGCAUCGGCAAUUACUUGUCACUCUAUGGACAUUCAUUCCCGUCAUCUCUCAUAAGAUAUACCUUGUGUACUAUCUCCGAUGUAUUUAACAGUUCAGUGAUCAGCAUGUUGUGUCUAUUAUGUGGAUGUUAGCUUAAAAGAAUCUGUCUGUUCAGAAGUAACCACUUGAAUAGCACUUUGCCAGAAAAGAAUUAUUUUAAUAGGUGUCAUACAAAAAAUAGAAAGACAUUUUACAGACUAUUUACAGGGAUUUCCAAAUGAAAUCAAUAAAACUGUCGACCCAUGUUAGAACCAGUAAACCUUACACUGAUUGUA